AUAGAGUAAGCCUGGACAUUGUUCAUUGUACGUCCAUUAUAUGUUAAGAACAUAUAACAUGGUGGCAGCGCAUGGAGCCUGUAUUUUAGACAACAGUGCAACGAAUAAAUAAACGAAGAAUAUACACAGUUGUUGAAUAUAUAUGCUAUGCUAUACUGUACUAUACCAUUUUAUACAGUAGAACACUAUGCUAUAACUGCAUUGUAAGACAGCAUAAUAAAGUGAUUUGAUGCUAAACACCUGCGGUAUUUAUGGUUAUAGUUCAUUGCAACAACGUGUUUACGAUCUCAUUCUCCAAACUUCAACAAUCCCCAACAGUUUCAACAACUUUGUGAAUUUCACCAAUAGCUUGCAAUGACUGACAUCAACAAAUUGAAGCUUGGCAGACGGAACCACAAAGGGCAAUUGACAAGAACUUUGUCCAUGAUUGAAAAGCUGCUGAAAGAAGAGGACGUCGAUCUAGAUGUCUUAAAACCAUAUAUCAUCAAGGCGGAACAACAGUUCGGAAAAGCUGAAUCGAAGCACUCCGAGUUAAUGGAUCAUAGUGGACCAAGAGGAGUUUGAGACUGAGGAGAAAUGGAUGGCAGAUUGUGAGAUGGAUUUCAUCCAAAGGCUAAUGCAUGCAAAACGAGAAAUUAAACACCGUUCACAGUCUCUUUCUAAUGAGUCAUUUUUGCUCUCAACUCCUGCAACUCCUCAACCAGUCUCCACAGAACCUGAGGGAACGGAGACUGUGUCAAACGCAUCCAGUCCUAGCACGAUGACAACUCCUGCAACUCCUCAACCAGUCUCCACAGAACCUGAGGGAGCGGAGACUGUGUCAACCGCAUCCAGUCCUAGCACAAUGGCGACUCUAGCAUCUCAACCUGUCGUGUCAAAAACAGUACCUAAGAUGGCAAGAAUGAAAUUUCCUACAUUUAAUGGUCCGGGAUUACAGAAGAUUCAAAGGAUUAUUUACCCAUUGUGCAGCUAACUUAACAGAAAUAGAAUGCUUCUACCAGCUGACUGAAUCCAUGCUCAAUGUCAAAGAGAGAAAUAUGAUUAAAGGAUGUGUCAAUGUUGCCAGAGCUUGGCAAGUACUAGAUGAAGUUGGUACAAGGUUUGGCCAAGGCUUAAGAUGAUCACAGCUAGGGUGCUCUCGUUGAAGGAACUGCCAAAGAACCUAUGGUUAAAGCGGUUAACCCAGCAAAUAUCACAGUGGCCUUCUUCUAAGCUACUCAGGGAAGCAGAGUUGUAUUGGAUUCGACAAGCACAAACAGGUAUCAAUUUCAACUACCACAACAUUAUGAAGUUAGAUCCAAUAUUUGAUGAGAACGAGAGAGUGUACCGUGUUGGUGGACGAAUGGACAAUGCACCACUUUCAUAUGAUGUGCGACACCCUUACCUUCUCCCAAAGGAAAGUCAUUUUAGCCUGAUAAUUGUUCGUGACAGACACACACAUGCCCUUCAUGGGGGACAUCUCAGAACUGCGACAAAAGUUAGGAAAAGGUACUGGAUUGUUGGAGACACAAAUAUCUCUAAGGUAGUUGUGCGUCAGUGUAUCAUUUGUAGGAGACACAAAGGAAAACCAAUAGAGCAAAGGAUGGCAGACUUGCCCGAUUUCCGAGUGAACCCAUGUUCACCUCCAUUCAAAACCACACUUGUAGAUUACCUUGGUCCGGUGAAUGUAAAGCUGAACAGGAACACCACCACCAAAUGUUACUGUGCGGUAUUUACUUGUGCAGUAAUUAGGGCUGUGCACUUAACAUGUGUUCAAGAUCUGUCAACCCAAGCAUUUCUACAAGCUUUGGAACGAUUGGUAAGCAUCAGAGGAGCUCCAUCUUUGUUAGUGAGCGACAAUGGCACCUGCUUUAGAGGAGCUAACAACACCAUAAAUGAGUUAAACCUAAAAUUAGACCAGACCACAGUCCGAGAACAAUGCCAACGGUAUAACGUUCAGUGGAAAUUUGGACCGCCCGGUGGACCCCACCACCAAGGAGCUGUUGAGCGCAUGGUCCAAGAAGUCAAAAAGGGAAUGAGACACCUAUUGAAAGCAGAUCGCCUUACAUUUGUUGAAUGGGAGACUGUGUUCUGUCAAAUAUCCGGUUUUAUCAAUGGAUGACCCUUAACUUCAGUCAUCAUCGCCACUUGAUCAUCCACCGUUGACACCAAACCACUUCUUGAUUAGAAGAGGCGAUUUGCCAUGUCCUGAAGUACCAUGUGAAGAGUACAAAGGAAACUUACGAAAACGUAGAGAGAUUUGCAAUGCUAUGGUAGAUGGGUUUUGGCGACGCUGGAUGGAAUGUAUGCAUAAACUUUCACCACUGAGAAUCUGAUUGAAGGAGACAUAGUGCUCGUCAUUGGUGAGGAGAAGAAACGCAGCCUUUGGAAAAUGGCUGAAGUCAUUAAAGUCUACCCAGGGAAGGAUGAUCUUGUGAGAGUUGUGGACAUCAACUUUGCUGAUGGAACCAAUGCGAAGAAACCUGUCACCAAACUGAUCCUACUAAUGAAAAGCACAGAACGAUCAGACAUAUAGAGUCUGAGUAUGCCUGUACUGUGUAUGGGUGUACGCCGAACGCUGCCCAAAAAUCAAUAUGUGCAUUACUGUGUAAUGAUUACAGUACAUAAUUAUCGUUGUUUGUUGGACUUUGAGAUAUGUAUUCACACUCAUUUGGAUUACGUGAUUCAUAUUUGGACUUACUGAAAUCAUCAGUUUGCACUUCGUUGUGAUUAGUGUGGCACUUUGAUUACCAAUUAUACUAUUGUAAACCAAAUUGAGACAUUUUGUAUGAAAAUUUUUAAACCUUUUUUGCAGUUUGAUGUUAUUUGUGUGACAUUCCGUCACUCUUUGGGGGAAUGGGAUGUCAUGACAUGUUGUUACGCCUGCGCGUAAUAAUUUACUAUGCCGCCACGCGCGAACUGGUUAUCGGUGGGAGACAACAACAUGAGAUCGUUGUGACAGUCCAUACUAUUUUUUACCACUGGAUUUUCAUGUAUUAUUAUAUACUAUAUCAUUUAUCGAGGUAUGUUUAACAUGUUCUCAAGUAAUUAUAUUAUAUAUGGAGUCGGCAGUUGCGAUUUCCAUACCAUAUCACCCUUUAGUUCAGUGUAAUUUAAUAAUAUUUAUAGGCUAGGCUAGCGGCGACUUCGUGGUCGACAUUUGCAAUGCUUCCAUCUAGGCUGAGCUCUUGUAUACAGUGUUACAGGCACACACGGGAAUGCCAGGCCUACGCUUGGUUUUCCAGGCGCUGUGCUUCACAAUAGCAGCUUACUGCUUAGUUACAGUUUGUGCAAAUGAUUUAUAUAUUUUAAUAAUUACUGUUAUUAUAAUUGUUAUUUGAGGUUUAUUCAUAAUUUCAUCAUAAUAGUAAUACUAUAAUACUCGAGAUUAACGAUGUCGUUCAAGAAAGUUAUAUUAUAGAGGGCGCUACUCAUAAAUUAGAGCUUGUCAGAAUAAUCUCAGCAGAGUAAGUCUGUACUAUAGAGGGCGCUGUUUAAGAGUUUGUUAUCGAGUUUAAUGUUUAUCUUUGUUUAAAACUGUUAAAUAACUGGAAUGAUAAGACAUGUAGAUUCUAUGUGCUUACAUAAGACAACUUUAUUUUCUUUCUUUUCCAGGAAGAAUAUACACAGUUGUUGAAUAUAUAUGCUAUGCUAUACUGUACUAUACCAUUUUAUACAGUAGAACACUAUGCUAUAACUGCAUUGUAAGACAGCAUAAUAAAGUGAUUUGAUGCUA